GAGCUACAACAAUACCGAUCUUAACGUUGUAUUGUGAAGUUCGAUUCGUUGCCAUUUCGAUUGUGAUCGCUGUGUAACGGUUCUUUCAUUUCGUUUGACUCAAUUUGAAGCAAUUAUUUAUUCAUACAAAAGCGAAUAGUUCGCGAGUGCCCUUUUCAAAUAUUCAAAGUGAUCUUAAUAUAGAAUUUUGCGAGAUAGCAUCAUAGAGCAUAUAAACAAUUCAAAAUGAAUACGUUGCUAUUGUUAACCAUAUUUUUGCCAAUGAUCUUGGCGCGUCCACAACAACAACAAAUUGAACCAGCCUAUUUGCGCGAUUACUAUGCGCAACUACAGCAACCAGGCGCAAUCCGUGGAUCCGUUUCGGAUGUUACACCAAUCUUUGAGCAAAACACAGCAUUCCAACCAUCACAACAAAUCAACCACGCCACCGUUGGACAACAAAUCCGCGUUCGUGAUCCCGUUCAAGAUCAAAUUCGAGUUCAACAGCCACAAUACACAGUACCAAAUGUGCGGCAAUAUACUCAACAACAACAACAGCCACAAUAUCAACCCCAAUACCAACAGCAACACAUUCAAUACAAUCGUCCACAAACACCAACCAAACAGACGUUAGCCAUCCCACAGCGAAAACCGCAAUACCAAUCGCAACGUGAUCCAGAAGAACAAGAAGAAGAAGAAAAUGAGGGAAAUUCAUCGUAUCAAUUUGGUUUCGAUGUUAAAGACGAUGAGUACACAAACUAUCAACAACGUAAAGAAGUGCGUGAUGGAAAUGUGAUCAAGGGCAGCUAUUCGGUUGUUGACUCAGACGGGUUCAUCCGUACCGUCACCUACACAGCUGAUCCAAAGGAAGGUUUUAAAGCGGACGUAGUUCGUGAACCCACGGAUAUCGUAGUAAAAAUUCCCACACCAGCACCCGAAAAUUCAAUUGGAAAACUAUCGCGGCCACAACCACAUUUCAUUCCACAGCAAUCGCAAUACCGUCAACAGGCGCCACGACAACAACAUCAACAACAUCAACAACAACAAAUCAGACAACCCAUCCAGGUUGAGCCACAAUACGAAUAAAAUACCACACAAAAAAACACAAAUCACAACCAAAACUCCGAUGGACGUGAAGAGCAGCGCAUUUCAUCAUCAUUUCAAUGCAAACUUUUCAUCAAAUUGUGCCCAUUGUACUUUAUGAAUUUAGAAACUUAUUUGUUAUGUUUUCCGUGUUUUUUUCCUUAAAAAAAGAAGGAAUCAAACGUCAUCAAUUUACAUUUAUAAUUCUCCUUCCAUUCGAAAUUAAGAUGUUUCGCUUUAUUUAAAUCAAAGCAAAAUAAAAUAAAAUAAAAAUAA